AUGCUCUAUUUACAGACCCGGAUGAUCAAAGUGGUUGGUUUUAUCAUCUUUGGCUUCUGGAUCAAACGGUUAAACUGGAACCCUUCCUACUUUCUUCGUGGCCUCCUCAUGGCUCUAGUCUAUAUUUUGCACUCUCUAAAGGAUUGCCCUGUAAAAGUUUUCGAAGCACAGUUUCCAGGUAUCGUUUUAUCAAGUGGUUUCUCCUGUAGUCAGAGUUCGCACAUAGAGUUCUCACUGUGUGUACCAUCCCAUGAUCAAGAACAUGCAGAGGGGCAAACAAUACCUAGAUUUUCAUGGAAAGAUAAAAAAAUUUACUCAGGUGCUAUACAAUCUCAGGAUGCUAGCUUGCUACACUCACUUCAUCAAUUAAAAAUCACUGAGGAGGGUAAAUCAAAGGCUGCUUCUGAUUGGAGUAUGAAGACCAUAGCCAAUGAAAUUAUUCACAGUCGGGAACUAUUGUCAUCAACAAACUGUAAAAUUGGGAAACUGACUCUUGCAAGACUGCUAAUGGCACAAAACAAAUUGAUCUCAUAUGGCAUUCCAAAUGAUGGAAUUGAGCUUAGUCCUAUUAAAACAGGUGACUUCGAGUAUGGAAUCUAUUCUGAGAUACUGCAACUUCACCAAGUAUAUCUCAGCCACAACAAAAUCCGAUCAAUUGAAGGUUUGAAGGUUCUGCAAUUGCUUUCUUGCUUGAACCUUAGCAACAAUAAAAUUUGCAGUUUUGUUGCAUUGGAUCCCUUAAGAAUGUUGAAAUCAUUAAAGGUUGAAUUCUGGUUUAUAUGGGGUUCAUUUUCUUCCAUUCUAUAG